AACUGCGAGUAAAAAUGACAACUCUCCGGCCAUUCGACGUUAUGGAUAUGUUCAAGUUCAAUAACGUGAACUUGGAUAUCAACACUGAAACGUAUGGCUUCCAAUUUUACCUGCACUAUAUGAUGAACUAUCCGGAGUAUUACCAAGUUGCUGAACAUCCAAACGGGGAAAUUAUGGCCUAUGUCAUGGGAAAAAUCGAAGGACGCGACACCAAUUGGCACGGACAUGUAACUGCUCUCUCUGUGGCUCCAAAUUUUCGUCGAUUGGGACUAGCCGCCUACAUGAUGGAGUUCUUGGAACGUACUUCUGAAGCUCGUAGAGCAUAUUUCGUCGAUCUGUUUGUUCGUGUUUCGAACAAGAUCGCCAUCGAAUUGUAUAAGAAGCUUGGAUAUGUCGUCUACCGGCAAAUUAUUGGAUACUACACUGGAGAUAGGGACGAAGAUGCUUUUGAUAUGCGGAAGUCGCUUUCUCGCGAUCCUGAAAAGAAAGCGAUGGUUCCUUUGAAUUAUCUCGUGCACAGUAGAGACGUGGAUUAAUUUUAGAUUGUUUUGUUUAGUAUUUAUUUAUUGUUUAAUGUUUAUUGUGUUGGUUGUCUUGUCAGUUAUGACAAAUUAUUAAAUUUAUUUAU